AUGGUCUGUAGACCCCUGCUCAGGCGCGCGCAAUCGUCUGUGCUCAGGAUCGAAUCACUGUUUGCAAAGCUGGACGCUGACGGCGACGGCCUCCUCGACCCGACUGAGUUUGGAAGUGGCAUGGCGGAAAUAUUUGGCCCUCCUGAGCGAGUCAAUCGGCGUGGUAAUCGGCGCGGAGCGCGGCAGCAGCAGGCCGCAAUGCUCGAAGAGGCCAAGAGGGCCUCUGCUGCCGCUGCAGCCUCGCUGGAGGCGGUGGGAAUGACCGGCCCGGCCAAGGAGCCGGCAGGCGAGGCUUCAGAGAACACCCGCCGAGACGAGAUCAAUGCAAAAGUUCUCGCCGACUUGGAGUCCGAGCGGGAGGCUGCGGCGCAGGCGACGGCAAUCGAGGAGGCAAAGAGCGAUGCAAUGAAGCAGAUCGAGGUGCGGCGCCUGAGGCGCAAGGAGGCUGCGGCGGCGGCGGCGCAAGAGGCAGCGGAGGAGGCGGCGGCGGCGGAGGCGGCGGCGGCAGCGGCGGAGGCAGCGGAAGCCGAGGAAGCCGCGGCGGCAAAGAAGGAGGCCAGAAUCGAGGCUAUUGAAGCCAAAAAGGCGUCGAAGCAGAAGGAAGUGCAAGAGCAGAGGCAGGUGGCGGCAGACAAGAAGGCAAUGGCUGAGAUUGAAAAGGCGGCAAAGAAGCAGGCGCUCAAGGAGCUGCGAACGGGCGAGGCAGCGCAGCAGAUCUCGGAGGCGAGGAAGGCGAGGGAGGAGGCGGAGAAGCAACUCGCCGAUAUGGAGGAGCGUGAGGAGGACGAGAAGCAGCAGCGCGAAUUCGACGAGGCAAUGCGAAAGGCUCAGCGGCAAAGCAGGGCCAUCGAGUCGAAGCUGGGCAUGGUGGCCGCGGAGCAGACUCUUGUGGCUGCUGAGUGA